AUGACUCUUUAUCUCAAACGUUCACAACUUGAUGGAUAUUCUAUUAUGAUUGUUAGUAAAUAUUUCAUGCUUUCAUCUGAUUUUAUUAAUAUUAUUUGUGUAUGUAAAAAGUUUAAAGAAAUACUAGAUAAAUUUCAUUUUAAUCCUAUUCAAUUAACAAUAAAAAACAAAUCUCUUUUUAAAAACAUUGAAACUCAAUUUGUUUAUUCUCAAAAUGAUUAUUUAAUUCCUUUUAUACAACAACGUCAUUAUGUACAUUGUUCUUAUUUACAAUAUCAGUGUCUUAUUAAUGAUUCAUCUCAAAUAACAUAUUCAUUUAGUCCAUUAGUUUAUACUCAACAAGAUGUAAAUAAAUUAGGAAUUCAAAUUCCAAAAGAAGUUAAAAUUUUAGGAGAAAAUUGUUUCUCAGAAUGUUUCAAAUUUCAUUCAUUUGAACUUCCAUCCCAAAUUAUAGAAUUAUCAAAAGGUUGUUUCAGGGUUUGUGACUUUUUGAAAUCAUUCACAUUUAAUUCAAUAAUUGUUUCAAUACCUGAUAACUGUUUUGAAAAAUGUAUCUUUCUUAAUGAAAUUAUUAUUCCUGAAAAUAUUAGGAGAAUAGGGGAUUAUGCUUUUAAAAUGUGUAAAUCAUUGUCUUCUAUUUCUUUUAAUGGUCCUAUUGAUAUUAUCGGAAAAUAUUGUUUUUGUAAUUGUAGUGGUUUGAAAUCUAUUCAAAUACCUUUAGGAAUACAUUGUCUUGAUGAAGGAACAUUUAAAGGUUGUAAUAAAUUAUCUGUUAUUGAAUUUCCUUCUUCACUUCAUCAUAUUGGCUCUUCAUGUUUUGAAGACUGUUGGAAUUUAAAAAUGAUUCAGUUAAACAACUCUAUAAAAACACUUGGAGUUCGUUCUUUCUGUAGUUGUGUUCAGUUAAAAUCUAUUACAUUUUCUUCGUCAUUACUAUUGCUGCCUUCAAAUUGUUUUGAAUAUUGUACCUCUCUUAAAACAAUUACUCUUCCUUCUUCUCUCCUUUCACUUCAUGACUUUUGUUUUUAUCGUUGUUCUUCUCUAGUCUUUAUAUCUAUCCCUUCAACAGUAACAUCAAUUGGAUCUUCUUGUUUUGCUUCUUGUACAUCACUGUCUUCUCUUUCUCUUUCUUCCUCUCUUGAAGUCCCUCAAAGUACAUUUAAUAAUUGUCCACUCAUUGAUUUGACAAAAUACCAUUUCCUUCCUUCUUCUACUCUCCAUUCAAAAACUAAGAAAAGUAAAAAGAGUAUAAAAUUAGAUUCGUGUAUUGUAAAUUAA